GCACGCACCCGCCGCGCGGCCAGCACCCGGCACCCGGCACCCGGCACCCGGCACCCGGCACCCGCCGCGCGAGCCCCCACCUGCAGCUGCACCGCCCCCCCCGGCGGCCCGGCCGUGUGCUGCUCUAGAGCCACCUCCCGCGGCUACCGAUACCUGUACAUAUGUCUCGAUAUGUUUCAAUGCGAUUUGAAAGUCGCAGAGGUGAAGACCAAGUAUGGAGAGUAGCACCGGAGUGGGCAGCGUAGCGUCUCUCACGAUGGAUUGCGAGGACAUGUUCAAAGAAAUAACUAAAAAGUUGUACGGCGAAGAGGCGAGCGUGGGCGUCGGCAUUGGCGUGGGCGUGGGCGUCGGCGGAGUGGUGGGCGUGGAAUUCCCGGCGGCCGAGCGCGACCUGCAAGAGGAUGACCUGCGGCCCGAGGAACACAUCACCGCCUGGGGCCUCGCCGCACUCAUGCAGAACGGAUUCCCGCCGCCCGGCAUUCUUCAGGCGAACUUCACGCCGCGCACGGACCCGACGGCGGAGGACCGGUGGACAGCGGCGGAGGAGCCGCUGGCGUGGGCGCACUCGCGCAUCGCCGCGUACAACCCGGCGCAGCGGUUGUUCAAGUGCACGGACUGCGAGUGCGUGGGCUUCCUGGCGCGCGUGGCGGAGCACUGGCUCGGCACGCACUCGCAGGCGCGCGCCUUCCAGUGCCCGCUGGCCGGCUGCGGCUUCGCCAGCGGCUGGGCGCGCGCCGUGCGCCAGCACCUCGCGCGCGACCACCACUCCGACCCCGCCGCCGCCGACCACCUGCUGCGCGACAAUCCCGCGCUCGACGAUCUCACGCGCUACUUGCAGCGCCUCAAGACUAAGGUCGAAGCGGCGAGAACAGAAAGACGCAAUUCGACAAAUGCUAACAGUGGCAGCGCAAGCAGCGAGGCGAUAGCGCAGGGCGAGGUGGGCGCGGGCGGCUCGCCCGACGCGGGCAAGCGCUACGCGUGCGGCGCCUGCCCCUACGCCACCGACCGCCGGGACCUGUUCACGCGCCACGAGAACAUCCACCGGGACGAGAAACCUUUCCACUGCUACCUGUGCCAGAAACAGUUUAACCGCGCCGACCACGUGAAGAAACACUUCCUGCGGAUGCAUCGCGAUCAACCGUAUGACUUGAAUCGCAUUCGACGAGCGAGUGUCAAGGGCGCCACGACGGGGGUGGCGGUGGCGAGCGGCCCGUCGACGCACUACUGCGGCGGCGCGGGGCCUGCGGGCGGCGCGGGCGGCAAGCCGCUGGGCGCAGACGGGGCGCUGCCCACGCUGACCACUCUGCCCUCGCUGCCCGCCGCGUUGCCCGCGCUGCCCGCCGCCCCGGCGCCCGACUGCCGCCCCGCGCCCGUCAAACUGGAGCGCGCUCCACUCGCCAAGUCCGACACGCCCUCCGCCCCUCACAAAACCGCAGCACCAAGUCCUGUUCGCAGAAAGGGCGAGCGGCGCUACGCGUGCUGCUACUGCGCGUGGUCGGGCGUGGACAACUGGUGCCUCAAGCGGCACCUCAACACGCACCUGAAGCCGUUCGCGUGCGCGCUCUGCGAGUACAAGGCGGCGCGCGCCGAGCGCCUCGCCACGCACGUGCACAAAGUGCACAACAAGAAGGCCUGCGCCAAGUGCCCCUUCCUCGCCGACGACCACCACCAGCUGGCGCUGCAUCUCCGCGAUGCCCAUCACAUCGAGAGCCGCAACCUGAAAGUGCCCACGAGCGUGAGUCGCGGGUUCCCGAGUGCGUCGCAGCAGCCGGCGCAGCAGGGCGCCGGGGCGCCGGCGGGCGGCGUGGCGGGUGCCGGCGCGGGCGGAGUGCCUGUGGGCGUGGCCCCCGGCCCCGCGCAGGGCGCUGGCGGGGGCGCGGGUGGGGGCACGGGCGCGGCGGGCGGCGCAGGGGGGGCGCGGAGGCGCGAAGGCCGGGCCGCAGGCGCCGCACGCCUCUUCGGCUACCUGGAAGCGUCGGACGGGUCGGGCGACGAGUACGAGCCGCCGCCGCUGGGCGAGUUCUCGGCGCCGCACUACGCCCGCGACAAGGAGAACGCCGCGCCGCCGCCGCUGCACCACUCGCUGCACGACCACUGCCUGCGCUACUAGCCGCCGCCGCAGACGAAACGGAUAGACAUGUGACGUCGCUCGGCAGCACCCCGAUGGUGUCUUUCCGCAUGGAGUUAUAUUUAAAGGCUUAUUGAUUAUUAUAUUAGUUGUAAGAAAGUUAUAUUAGAGUUAUAAAAUACGUUAUCGCGUUCACUGCGUGCACCGCAUUGUAAAUUAUAAUUAAUUAUGUACACGAGAUUAUCAUUCUUCCUGAUGUUGGUUUUGUUCAGUUGUAUUAAAAUAAAUCAAUUGAAAACUUGUUAUGCGAUUCAAUCAGAAAAUAAUAGAUUAAAUUAGAACCCUACCUCGGUGAUCAUAUAGUCGUUGAACUGACAAUCCAGUCCCUUUCCGUUUCCAUUCUCCCAACCAUGAGAGUUGUCAACAACAACAACACGCCGCUGGGCGAGUUGUACUCGUACAGGCAGAUGCAAACAAACAAGAUAGUCAA